CGCGGUCGUUGCGCUAACAAUAUGACGGAGCUGCCAGUGUCUAUAGAAUGGCCCGCUCCGAUCUCCAAAGUAAACAUUAAUCUCCGUAUAUUUAACAAAUAAGAUAAAAGUUCAUGUAUAUAUGACCGCCAUAUUCAACAAAAUGAGAAAAAUCAAUUAAUGACUGUGAAAGAAACAGUUCCCCUUCGUAACAUCUGGUUGAGGCCGAGGCGAAUGUGUAUUCGUUGCUUAGCCGGACGUGUGCAGGUUUGCACUUUGAUAAUUGAGGAUGCGGGGACUAGUGAGCUGGAUACUGUGUUGUUUAGUGGUACUUGUGACUGGGAACGAUGACGCUAAGCGACUGUACUACGACCUGCUGAAGCGGUCCUACAACAAACUGAUCCGACCCGUCAGUAACAGCUCCGACAAACUGAUCGUCAAGAUGGGCAUCCGACUGUCCCAGCUCAUAGACAUCGACGAGAAGAACCAAAUAAUGACCACAAACGUUUGGCUCAGACAGGAGUGGUACGACUAUAAGCUGGCGUGGAUCCCGCGGGAGUACGGUGGCGUAGAUAGGCUAUACGUCCCCGCUAGAGACAUUUGGCUCCCAGAUAUUGUCUUAUAUAAUAACGCUGACGGUAAUUACGAGGUGACGCUGAUGACGAAGGCUAUCCUUCACCCUGACGGUAAGGUGGUGUGGGAGCCACCCGCCAUUUACAAGAGUUCCUGUAUGAUCGACGUGGAGUUUUUCCCCUUUGAUAUCCAGCAGUGCAUCAUGAAGUUCGGAUCGUGGACAUACGACGGGAAUCAGGUAGACCUGGUCCAUCUGUGCGUGUCCGAGAGCACGUCCACGGAAGUCAUCCGUAAGGGCAUCGACUUCCGGGACUUCUACCCCAGUGUAGAGUGGGACAUCCUAGAGGGGUCCGCCCAGAAACACUACAAACGUUACAUCUGCUGUCCGUCGCCAUUUCCGGACAUCACUUUCAAUAUCACAAUGAGAAGGAAGACGUUGUUUCACACGGUCAACUUGAUCAUUCCCUGUGUCUCCAUAUCAUUCCUGACGGUUCUUGUCUUUUAUCUCCCCAGUGACAGCGGCGAGAAAAUUACUCUGUGCAUUUCAAUUUUGCUGUCGUUAACUGUGUUUUUCCUUCUUCUGGCCGACAUAAUUCCGCCGACAUCGAUUGUUGUGCCUCUGAUCGGCAAGUACUUACUGUUCACGAUGAUACUCGUGACUCUCUCUAUUCUUGUGACUGUGAUAGUGCUAAACGUUCACUUCCGGUCGCCGUCAACCCACACGAUGGCGCCAUGGGUCAGAAGAGUGUUUUUAAAUGUUUUGCCGCGCUUAUUAGUAAUGCGGCGACCAAACUUAGAGAAUGAGCACAGUACCGGUAGAGUGAUCAGAACUUGUAAUGGCGUGGAGAUGACGCAAUCAUACAAAGAUAUGAUUCGUCGAAGAGUAGAACAGAGGAAAUUCGAGAAUAGCAAUAUUUUUCAUGACCCUGUAGAAGAAGAACUAAUUAGUGCAACUAAAGAAACGGAACUGAGCGUGCGUCGACGUCAUAAACCAGUUCCCCGGGAGAUCAAAGACGCAGUGGAUAGUGUUUGCUUUAUUGCUGAGCAUCUGAAAAAAGAUGACAAAGAAAAUUCGAUAAAAGAGGACUGGAAAUACGUUGCCAUGGUGCUGGACCGACUCUUUCUGUGGAUAUUUACGAUAGCAUGUGUAGUUGGGACUUUUGGGAUUAUCCUCCAGGCCCCCACCCUGUAUGACGACAGGCAGACCCUGACCCCCCAGGCGCCUGAUGACAGCUGUAUCAAACCCGAGUUUUGAUGUUCGCUUUCAUGUGUGCUGAAACAAGUUAAUAUUAACACAUAUAUAUAAAGCAAGGACAUGAAAAUCUAAACAUUUACAACGACAAACUUUGAUAUAGAUUUUUUAUACUUUAUAUCAGAUUUGUAAGAAUGGCUACGGUUGAAGUGUAUCCUAGAUUUAGAUUUUAUUCAAUUUCUACUGGAACUUUGCAUAGUUCGACAAAAUUUCAAGGCUUUUUAAAACACUUGGAAUAGAGAGAUGUGAGUGAAUAUAUCGAUUCGUCUCACAGGCACAUGAACGUUUACAACAUAUCUCUCUAUUGAUAAAUGUAUUUCCCAUAUCAAAACAUUUAAAAGUUUUGUCACAGUCGCUCUUUUAAAUUUUGAAGAUCAACACAUCUGCUAUGAUUCUGUGCCCAUGUAUAUAGUUCUUUCAUAAUGAUGGAAUUCUGGUUGGUUGGCUAAGGGUUCAAAUCGUAAAAAGAAUGUUGCUUACGUAACAGUAAGACUGGCGUCAAAAAGGUUUAUCCACUGCAUUUGAAGUUUGGACACAUUUAUAAUGAUCAUGACAAAAUGAUGUACAUGUAUUUUACGUCAAGUGCUUGUGAUUUGUCCGUGUAGGGUAACAUCAGUUUCAAUGAGACACAUAUCGCAGAGAGAGAGAGAGAGAGAGAGAGAGAGAGAGAGAGAGAGAGAGAGAGAGAGAGAGAGAGAGAGAGAGAGAGAGAGAGAGAUUUUAAGGAAUAAUAAUGUGACGUCAUUUUAUACAUGUACAAACCAUUUCUGGUUAUAUCAUAAUAAAAUGAGAACUAUAUCGCUUUCCUUUAUUUUC